AUGGAUCAACUGGACAAAUUAGUGUCGAGACUUGAAACAGUCACAGCAAAACUAGAGAAUCUUGGAUCCACAAAACCACAACUGGCUCCGAAACCUGUUCAUCUUGGUGGAAACGCCGUUUCCACCGAAACUCCUCCUCAUGUGAGAGCGUAUGACAAUGCAUUAUCAGACGUAUCCGAGCGAUGGUCCAUACUUUCAGAAAGAAUUGGAGACGAUGUUUUAAUCAUGGGUUACAAAGUGAAGGAAGUGUUCAAUUUUCUCAGAAGCUUUUUGUGGAUAGCAGCUAGCCGCUCGGAGCCUUCAGCAGAAGAGGUCCAAAAACUUGUUGCCCCCCUCGUCAAUCUCUUAAUGGAAAUCAAUUCUUUCAAGGAUUCGAAGCGUAAUUCACCGUUGUUUAAUCAUCUCUGUGCAGUUUCUGAAGGUGUUCCUGCAGUUGGAUGGGUUCUUGUGAAGAAAACGCCUGCUUCGUAUGUCAAGGAAAUGUUGGAUUCUUCUACGUUUUACAUUAAUCGCAUCUUUAAGGAGUUCAAAGAUGGCGAUCAAACGCAUGUGGAAUGGGCUCGGGUGUGGAAAGAACUGCUAGAGGCAAUGCAAACAUUUGUUCGUCAAACUCACACCACUGGUCUGGCUUGGAAUAGCGCACCUGGAUGGUUGCUUCCUUCUUCCGCCGAACAUGACACCAAUGUUGGAUUUUCCGCUACCGUAGGCCUUCUGCCACCACCUCCUCCUCCGCCUCGAUCGCUUUUCACAAAAACAACUCCAAACAACCCUCUUCCUGCAGAUGGAAGAGCAAGCCGAGAUGCAUUGUUUGCCGAAAUCAACAAAGGUGAAGCUAUCACAGCUAGCUUGAAGAAGGUUACGGCAGACAUGCAGACUCACAAAAAUCCGUGUUUGCGUGAGAAGAAUUUGCCAUUGAAGGUUCCUGGUCCACAAAGAGGUGGAUCUCAUGUCAAAAAGGUCGUCUCAUGUGAACCCGCUCGAAAUCCGCCAGUUGUUGAACUGAAGGAUGGGAAACAAUGGAACGUGGAAUAUAUUGUGGAUAAUCCUAAUCUGGUCGUGACCGCUACAGAUAAGAAACAAACUGUUUAUGUUUACAAAUGCCAAGAUUCCGUAAUUAUUGUCAAGGGUAAAGUGAAUUCUAUCAUCUUGGAUAGCUGCCGUAAAACUUCAAUUGUAUUCGAUGCAUUGUUGGCGCAAUGUGAAACAAUCAAUUGUCAGAGUGUUCAUAUCCAGGCGCUCGGUGAGAUGCCCACACUUUCUAUCCAGAAAACUGAUGGUUGCCAAGUGUAUCUCAGUGAGGUUUCAAAGAAUGCCGAAAUUAUUACCAGCAAGUCAACUGAGAUGAAUUUGCUUAUUCCUAUGGCAGAUGGGGAUUUUCCAUCUGGCGCCAGGGAACCAACUCAUCCACUUCAUGGUUUUAUGGCACCAGUGCAUCAGUUCGACGCCAUGGGACCCGUCCCACCACAGUUUACCGCUUUGUGGCUCUAA